CGAAAGUAAGCCUUGUAUUUCUAUUCUAACAUAGGUAGAUAGUUGAUAAUUUGAUAGGUACAGCUUGAGAAAUCAGCAUUAGCUUUCGUUCUAUUCCAUUACAUUACCUAGGUAAACGUAAUCCACGGUUUUUUUCUGGUGGCCGCUGUAUUAUCGAUGGUAUUCACGAGAAACGUACGAUAUGUAAUGAUUCAAUUCGUAUCCGUCCUCGCAGCUACAUUUUUAAUCGCUCAAAUGGUCAUGCAAAUGCAUUUUGUACCUGCUCCAAAAAAUGUCACGUGUUAUGUGCCACCAGCAGGAGGAUCUAAUAUUACGUUGAGUUACGGUGAAUGGGUCGGAUUUGGAAAAAUCGAUGAACCUGAAUGGGUACCAAUAAACGUUUGGGGAUAUAUUUGUAUCAUAGCAUUAGUUACAUUACACUCGAUCGUAGUCAAAGAACGUAGUCUCAUCCAAGGACUGAGCCAAGAAUCCGGCUGGGAUCCUAUCAAAAUGUUCAACGAUUCUGUCUACCUGAAAGCAGACAUUGAUUUCAAAUCGUUCGUCAAAUAUUUACUGAAAUACGGAUUUUAUCGAUACGGUGCCGAACUAACAUUGACCAGUAUAGCACUGUUGAUACUCGCUAGAUUGGAUUUUUGGGCAUGUUUGUACAGUGUAUGGUUAGUAAUAUUGGUUCUGUUUCCGGCUCGAUAUUUACCAAUAUUUUGGAUCUUCUUCAAGUACUUCGUUUUGUUGUCGAUACCGAUACAGUAUAUUGUCGCUUUGGGGUUCUGGCCGGAAAAGUGUUUUGGAUAUGUUGAAGAAAUAACAAAGGAACAAAUGGUAAACACUGCUGCUUGGAUGCAGGUUCCUUACGGUACAUUGAAACCGAAUGCACCAAAAAUGUUUUGGGAUUCGUUGGUGUUUCUGUUCAUGUUAUGUCAAGCCCAAGUUUUCGAAUUCGAAAAAGUGCACGCUAAAGAUGAACUCAAGAAAUCAUCGCCUAAAAAAGGAAAUCGUCGUUUGAAACCACAACGUCCAAUAACAACUUUUGGUUUAGCCAGAUACGCAUCAUUUUACUCGUUACCUAUUAUCUGCGCAGCUAUGUUUUACAUGGCAGCCACGACUCAUAUAUCGCUUUUCUCCUUCGUUCACGCGUUUGGUUUCAUAAUGAUAUUAUGGUUCGCCGAUUUUUAUUUUUUACGCCCUGUGCUGAUGACUCAAACUUUUUGGAGAUACUUGAUUAUCUUAAAUGUGUUCACUAUCUUUUUGAAAACCAUCUUUCAAUCGGCAGGUUGCAUUCUUAAGGGACAAAUGGGAAAUAAAAUGUGUUGGUUGGUUCAAAUGCUCGGCAUAAUAUGUUUGGAAGAGAUCAACUCUUCGAUUACUUUUUUUCGUGUUCCGUUGAUACAUCUUCCAUAUCCUGAUAAUAAGCUGCGUAGUUCUUGUCUACAUUCGGGAACGACGGCUGGAAUUCAUUAUGAUGUGUUAUCAUUUAUCGUAUUAAUGUUCCAUAAACGAUUUCUCUUGACUAAGUACUUCUUGGCUAUGUCUAGAGAGGCUGCGUUGGAUCUCAAAUUCUCGUUCAGAGCUGCGAAAAUUCUAGAAGAAUUGAACAAACAAGAAAUCAGCGAAAUGAAAGAAAAAUAUAAAAAAAGUUUAUCCAAAAUACACAAAAAAAUGGCUCGUUUGAAAGAAUCGCACAGCAAAAUCAGAGGUCAUAAGCUGAGUGAGCCAUUGACACAUCAAGAAGUCGUUACAUCUGGCGAUUACUACAUGUUUGUCGAUGCAAAUAAGGAUUUGUGGAUUCAACCCGAAGACGAAACGGAGAAGGAGAAGCGUAGUAAACUAAAAGACAGCGAUUGCCAGAGUACCCCGUCUACUCCUAAUGUUGGAAAGCUGAUGGAGGCAGUUAUGAAAACUGAUAUCGAACAAGCAUUGAGAAUGGCAGAUAGUGGCUCACUGAACUCGGAGAAAUCAAUAAAAUCUCCCAGUCGUCAACCUGAAGACAUAGUUACCGAAAAAUGCUUGGAAUGUACUUGUUCAACGACGAUAUCUCCAGAACUCGACCUUCAUCCACCGACAGAGAAGCUAUCCGAUCCAACCAAACCAGGGGAGAAGAAAGGUAGCGGAAAAGUGGACAAGAAAACUCGUCAAAAAGUUGUGAUACCUGCUGUUAUCAUUGUAAAAGAUGAGAAAUUAUUACCAACUGUGAACUUUGACCGUAGAAAAUCCCUCACAAAAGUCACCAGUGUCACCGCUACCAGCAAAGCUAAAAUCAACAAUACAGUAAAACCUACUGCUGAAAUGAAAAAGGAAUCUUCAGGGACAAAAUCGGCCUCCGAGGGACGUGGUAAAUGCGAUUGCACGAAUUGCAAAUGCCAUUUGAGAUGUAAAGUCAAAUUUAUGGGAAAGUUGUGUUUGACGAUUCGGUUUCUCAUUGCGUUCAUCAACAGUUGCAUGAUAUCGUUGUGUCAACUUUUCAACGAGAUUGCUCACGAUUAUAAAUACAUCAAGAAGCAAUUACAAAGGGAGAAAUUCGCUGCUCGAAAAGCUAUUGUAUCGUCCCCGUUGUUGGAAGAUGACGACGAUUUUUUUGAUUUUCUGGAAUUCAGCUACUUUAUGACUGUCAGCACUACAGACAAAGAUAAACUGGAAGUCGUGUACCAAGUACCAAUAAUCAUUCGACUGUUUAUAUCGUUGUACGAAGUAAUCAUGUCCAGCUUCAACACAGUUUGCUACCUAUCCGUGUUAUUGCUCCAAUUGCAGAAUCCCAACAUACUUACCAUCAUUUUAACGUUGAUGGUUUUGUUAUGGGGUGCAUUGAGUGUGCCCAGGCCAACGAAAAGGUUCUGGAAAACCAUACUAGUUUACACUGGAGUGUUGCUGAUACUAGAAUGUGCCUUUAGGAUACCUUUAUUCGAAUGGGACUUAUCAGAUGUGCUGUAUUCGUACGCACAUGGGCCAUUUUACGAUUACCUUGCCAGUAGAGAUUUCUCUGUUUAUUAUUUGCUCGUUUUGUUGGGCAUAUUUUUACAGAGGCGUAUCUUGAUGAAUAUUGGACUAUGGAGUGAUGAACCGAAGCAAAUAAGCAGAGGUAAUAUUUUCAGUUUUCCUCACAGGUUCUACAGAAUCGAUCUUCUUUCCACCCGCAUGUACGAGUCUAUAAAAAACUUCUUCCACAAGUUGGUCUACGAGCCACACCCAGGAACUCCAGUCGAUGUAUACACGGCUAUAUUCUUGUGCGAUUUUAUCAAUAUUUUUGUAUUCAUUUUUGCAUUUACUGCACUCAAUGAAAAACAAGAAGAUGGCGUUACAAAGUACUUCUUUGAGAAUAAAAUACCUCCCAUGAUGCUGAUCAUAUUCAUCGCACAUUGUGUCUGCAUAUUUAUCGAUAGAUGGAUUUAUUUACGUAGACAUGUGAUGGCCAAGCUGAUAUUUUACGUCGUGCAGAUUCUAGUCCUUCAUCUGUGUCUGUUUUACAUGCUGCCUUCUUUGUAUUAUAGAAAGUUCAACGAGACCAUAUUUCCAACCUUAUGGUACUGGUUAAAAAGCUUUUAUUUUCUACUAUCAGCGUAUCAAAUUCGACGAGGAUAUCCGGCCUACGUUCAUGGGCACGUGCUAUGCCAAAGUUACAGCGUUGUGAAUUUGUAUCUGUAUCAAUUCUAUUUAUUCUUUCCAUUCGUUUUCGAAUUGCGUACAGUUACAGACUGGAUGUGGACUGAGACUACGUUAACAUUAACAGAAUGGCUCGGUAUGGAAGAUAUCUUCUCUACAGUGUUCGUGCUCAAGUGUUGGAGAAAUUACGACAAUAAGUAUUCGUACAGAAGAGGCCAAAAGAUCACCACGAGUGUGAAAUUUUUCUGUGGCGGAGGUAUUGUUUUUUUAUUCCUUCUACUACUGUUAUGCCCAUUGGGAUUCUUCACAUUCGGUAGAGCUGCGGGCAAAACGAAUCUACCCAUUGAGAUGGAGCUGUCCUUUCGCAUGGCGUCUUAUCCAUCGAUAUAUACUAGUUUUUCGAACAAUAUACGACGUUUGAAUCCCGAAGAAUGGAAAUAUUUCAGCGAUUUGUACGCCAAUUCGCCUCGAGCGAUUAAUAUUUUAUAUGAAUAUUAUGGCAACGAUGUUGGCGCGGUUGUGUUUUCGCUGAUUUCGCAAACUGAUUGGAAAUUAACAAAAAGCAUUAGAGAAGAGCUAAGUGAAACUCUCCACUCAGGUGCCCCUCUCUCAUUCAUGACUCACUGGGAGCUAUCUCGCGAAACCGAAAACUACAAAGAUUCAUUCAAGGUUCGUGGAAUUUAUACCACAACGCUAGACAAAUCAGCUCGCGAAUCUCUGGCAAGCUGUUUGAACACCACUGAAAGCAAAGUUCAAUCGAUAACCGUAGCAAAAGUAGUACCAAAAUUCUUGAAAGUCAGUCUUCUAGCAACUGGUCACACCAUCGACUCGUUAAUGGUAGGAGAUGAACGAUCAGGCAAUGGAGUUUUUGGAUCUUCUUCAGAAUCUCCCGGAGGCUUACUCGAUGUGAAUUUCACCAUCGCUUGUGAGCCUAAUGCCACGGUAUGGAACUGGGCAGCUCAUCACUCUUAUCCCAAAAACGAAUUCAUUCCUAAGCUGAUCGACGAUCGUGUAUUCGGCAGUGCUGCCGAUGAAUCUCAAAGGCCUCUGGUUGUUUACACAUUUAACGAUAAAAUAUUCGGCGGAUUUUUAUCUUAUAUCAGUGCUCAAGGCAUUCUAGGAUUAUACACCGUUGUUUUAGUUACGUUUGGAUUCAUGAUUCGUAAACUGUGUAGGAAUCGAGUGAAUCAAGUAUUUUUAGAUUAUAUUCCCAACGUCGAUUCCAUAUUGCAGUUAAUUUUGGAUAUUUACUUCGUACGAGAACACAAAGACGGUAAACUGGAAGAAGACCUGUACGCGAAACUAAUAUUCUUAUUCAGAUCACCGGAAACAUUAAUCAAAUGGACAAGAUUACCCGAAGAAUCAGAAUAAUGGAGUAAAUACGAGCCGAAAACU